AAGUGGACUCUAAAGUGGAAAAAAGAUAUAAUAGAAAAAGGAUAGAUUUACACAUUGAAAUACUGAACAGUCCUCAAAUUCAGUUUGACCACCACUGUGUUCUUCACUUCUUCAUCGUCAACAUGACAAAACAACUAUUCCACAUUCUCGUAUUCAUCGUACCAAUCAUUGCGUUACUCCCAUGGUCUCCAGAAUCUCGCCGCAUCCCGUUUCUCGGGAAACAAUCAUUGGUUCAAAAACCCCCAAACAAUCUUGUUGCCGAUAACUAUACUUACGAGAUAAGAUAUUAUGAGCAGACUCUUGAUCAUUUUAGCUUCGAUGAUCUUCCCAAUUUUAGUCAACGGUAUCUCAUCAACACCGAUCACUGGGCUGGCCCUUCUCGUAUGGGCCCGAUCUUUCUUUACUGUGGCAACGAAGGCGACAUCGAAUGGUUCGCCGCUAACUCCGGCUUUGUUUGGGAACUUGCUCCUCGUUUUGGCGCCAUGGUUAUCUUUCCUGAGCAUCGAUAUUAUGGUGAAUCAAUGCCGUAUGGGAGCCGGGAAGAAGCAUACAAGAAUGCUUCUACUUUAGCCCGUCUAACAGCCGAACAAGCACUUGCGGAUUAUGCGGUUCUGAUAACGGAUUUGAAAAGAAAUUUGUCUGCACAAGCUUCACCUGUAAUCUUGUUUGGUGGAUCAUAUGGUGGAAUGUUGGCAGCAUGGAUGAGGCUCAAGUAUCCUCAUAUUGCAAUAGGUGCACUUGCUGCAUCAGCACCCAUUCUUCAGUUUGAGGAUAUCGUGCCACUCGAAACAUUUUACAAUAUUGUCUCCAAUGAUUUCAGACGAGAAAGCACAAGCUGUUUCGACACCAUAAAGAAAUCUUGGGAUGUGAUAACUUCUGUCGGUCGGAAAGUAAACGGGCUUGAUCAGCUUACCAAGACGUUCCACUUAUGCGGGAAACUAAAAAGCACCGAUGAUCUUUAUAACUGGUUGGACUCGGCGUAUAGUUUUUUAGCAAUGGUAGACUACCCAUACCAAUCGGAAUUCCUGAUGCCUUUGCCUGCAUACCCAAUAAAAGAGGUGUGCAAAGCGAUAGACAAUUAUGCUGACGGGACUAAUGUUUUGGACCGAAUCUUUAAAGGUGUAAGUGUGUACUACAACUACACUGGAACAGUCGAUUGCUUUGACUUGGACGAUGACCCACAUGGCAUGAGCGGUUGGGAUUGGCAGGCAUGUACUGAAAUGGUUAUGCCAAUGUCUAGUGACAAGAACUCUAGCAUGUUUCCGGAAUGGGAUUUUAACUACACUUCUUAUGCGGAGGAGUGCUUGAAUGAAUUUGGUGUGACACCUAGGCCCACUUGGAUCACUACAGAAUUCGGUGGACAUGAUUAUAAGUCUGUCCUCAAAACAUUCGGAAGCAACAUUAUCUUUUCAAACGGUCUCCUAGAUCCUUGGAGUGGCGGCAGUGUUUUGGCGAACGUAUCAGACAGUGUAGUGGCUCUUGUGACGGAAAAAGGUGCCCAUCACUUGGAUCUGAGAGCAGCUAGGGAUGAUGAUCCGGAUUGGUUGGUGGCGCAAAGGGCGUCCGAGGUGCAGCUUAUCAAGGGGUGGCUUGAUGAUUAUUACACGACAAAGAAAGCAGCUUUUAACAUGUAAAGAUCGUUUGAUACUUGUGGUGCAUUUGAGUCAGUCUAGAACUCCUGACACGACUUUUGUUCAAGGAUUGGCAUCAAUAAAUUUCAGAUUUUUUGAUCAUUAGUUGAUCAAGUGUAUGCACAUUGAAUAUUGAAUAGGGAGACAUUCGUUUCGGAACUAA